UCUAUAAAAGUUGUUGGCCACCGGCCAAGAUGGGUCAAACGCAAGUUAAGCCUUCGGUGAAUCGGUUUUAGUGAAGCGAAUCUGUGCGGAUCAUCAGUGCAAAUCAAUGAAGGUAUUCGUGACGAUUUUGGCCGCUGUGGCCACUGUUGGGGCUCAGGGAGUGCCUCCGGUGAAUCCCGGUGGACAAGUUCCAGCCCCAGUGGAUUUCCCGCAGCAGUUUGCCCCAAUCCAGCCAUUGACGACUCCGUUCAACGUUGCUCCGGAUGGUUUCUACGGGUUUAAUCCUUACAGUGGACCAGGAUUCGUUCCAGGAUUUCCUCAGUUUGCCCAGCCAGGAUUCAACCAGUUCCUUCCACUGCCAUACCAGUUUCCGCAACAAUUUGGACCACCACCAGCAGCCUACCCACAGUUCCCAUUGAUCCCGCAAAUUCCUCAAGUUCCUCCACAACUUGCUCCUGCUCAAUUACCACCAUUUGCGCAACCUCCUCAAAUUCCUCCAUUUUUGGAUCAACGUUUGCUUCAACCCGGCAAUCCUCAGCCAAAUGGAGCAGCUGUGUCCUACUCGAGCUUCCAGGUUCACAAUAACACUCCCCAGCAGCAGCAACAGCAACAAUCUCAGACAGAUGAUUCUGCAUCAGCAGCUCCGGCCCAGGGAGUCAAUGGACUGCCAAAGCCAGUGACGACAUCCACCGGAAACGACAAUCAAGCUCCAAGCAAUUACGGAUCAGCUUUCGGUCGAUACGUGACGGCCAGUCCUCCGGCUGGCGUUGGACCCGGUCGAGUUGCUACCAAUGCCCAGUAGAAAUCGCGCAACAGCCAAUCAAGAGUCUAGUCGUUGAGUUGUUUGUGAAGUAAAAUUUUGUGCAAUAGUGGCGGUUUUUUUUUUUCGAAAUUUUCUUUCCAA